ACCAAAUUAGUCUGGAUUACUUACCUGACUAACUCACAAAUAUUCUGUGCUCAGCCUUUCGGCCUUCACAUCAUUGUCUGUCGCUUCAAUACCACGUAAAGUACCGAGCCUACUUUGUCAACAGAGAAAUAAAAACAAAAAAAAUACAAAGGCAAAGUGGAAAAAUUCCAAAACCUCACCAUUCUCUUUGUAUGAAAGGAAAAAAACAACUAUUACCAACGUACAUACAGGAUAUAUUACUGCCAUUUAUCUCACAAUGAAUGCGAUCAGUUAAUACCCAUAUCUACAGAUUGCACAACUGCUGCUUCUGUUGACAAACAGAAUCCAAAGAAAAGAAAACAGGCAUCAAUGGAGUCGCCUGUGAAAACACCUAACAUAUCAGAAAUGAUGUCUCGCUUCGCUAGGAGCUGCAAAUUACGCUCCAUGGAGUUUUUGGCCGAGCUCAAUGAUUUCCCUGAUGGAUACCCAAAUGCCCAAAACCUUCCAUAUCAGGAAAUCCCAACUGAAAAUGGUUCUGAAAAUCAAAAAAUUGUUGAAGAUAACCCUGUUCUGUUAUUUGACGGAGAUUCGAACUCUGCUCGCGCAGCAGAUGACAACUCCCUGGAGGUUAUGAUUUCGAAUCUAUUUGCCAAUAUUUCUGCCUUUAAGGCUGCAUAUGUACAGCUACAGACUGCGCAUACACCGUUUGAUGUUAAUAACAUACAGACUGCAGACAGGGCAGUUAUUGCACAGCUUCAGAAGCUCUCAGACCUUAAAAAAUGCUAUAGAAAUGGGUACAAGACCCUCCUGCCUGAUACCCAACUGGAGGCACAGGUGCAUGAGAGGCAGUGCAUGCUGAGAACCUAUGAAAUGAUGUUGAACAGGCUGGAAUCUGAUAUUCAGAGCAAGGAUACUGAGGUGGAUUUGAUCAAGGAAGAGAUUAAAAAAGUGAAUGCGAUUAAUUUCAAACUAGAGAAGAAGUUGCGGGAGGAAUCUGAUCUGUGUUUGAGCAUUGAACUUUUUGUUAGGACGGUUCAGGAGGCAUCCAGAGAGUGUCAUGGAUUCAGCAAGCUCUUGAUCGGCUUGAUGAAGGAUGCAAAGUGGGAUUUGGAUUCUGCUGCCCAUUCCAUACAGCCUGAUAUCAGGCUCGAGUGCUUUUCAGAGUUCCAGGAUUUAAAGGAGCAGGACCCUUUGAAAUUCCUUGAGUCUUAUUCGCCCAAAGGGGAUUGCAUGUUUGAGAAAUUCUGCCAUAAGAAGUACAUGCAGGUAGUGCAUCCUAAGAUGGAGAAGUCGUUUUUUGGGGAUUUGGGGCAGAGGGAUUGUGUUGAAAAUGGUGGGCAUCCUGAUUCUGCCUUCUAUCAGACCUUCCUGAAGCUCGCCAAGUCGGUGUGGCUCGUGCAUAGGCUGGCGUUUUCGUUUGAUCCGACUGUUAACAUAUUUCAGGUAAGGAGGGGGACCCUUUUUUCGGCCGUGUAUAUGGAAAGUGUUGUGCAGGGGGUAGUGUUUGGGAUUGAGGGUGUAGACGACAGAAGGCCGAAAGUGGGGUUUACAGUUAUGCCCGGUUUCAGGGUUGGGAAGACAGUGAUCCAGUGCCAAGUUUAUCUCAUAGACACAGAAUGUAUAGAUUAGUUGGUAAUAAUAUGUUUAGAAAGACCAGCAUCUUUAUUUUCUGACGAGGUAUUGAUGCUGAAAAUUAAUGUCGUGAUGGUGCACAUGGUAACAUGGUAGGUUCUACUUGGAUUUCAGGUUUCACAGUCAUGCUUGUUUUCACAAUUCAGAGGACUCUGAUGCAAAUGUCAAGCUUAUGUCACAGGCACAGAACGCAAGAUUAGUUGGUAGGAACAUGUUCGGCAAAAACCAACAUCUUUGUUUUCUAAUGUAAAUUCUGCUGAAAGUUGUGGUCACGAUGGUGUGGAUGGUAGCAUCGGUAGGCUUAAAGUGGAUCUCACAGUCACACCAGGUUUUAGGAUUGGGGAGAUGAUUAUUCAAUCCAAAGUUCAUCUCACAGUCCUGGACUGUACAGAGUAGUUAGUAUAAGUUUGUCUGAAAAAUUCGACAUUUUUUUUUCUAAUGACAAAGUGGUGCUGAAAGCUAUGGCCAUAUAUAGUUGUUCAAUUCAUUAGUUCUUUACAAAAUCGGCAAACAUGAAUGGUUCAGUCCAUCAUUUUGGGUGUCCAUGAAAAGAGUGGUUGAUUUGGAAUCCAAUUCAACGCACCAAAAGAAGUUAUGCCACUAUAAUUUGCUCUUUUUGGAGGCUAAUGUGUGAUACGGAUAGCAGAAGGGAUGCAUAAAGAAGCUAGUUGGGUAUGCUUUGCUGUACUAGAGGGUUUCCAGGCUGUCUCUUUGGAUGGUUUAAAGUUUAAACAGGAUUUUAUGCGGAAAAACUAUGGGCAUUUAGUUUUUCAAUUCAUUGUUUUUGUACAGCAUCAUCAAGUAUGGAUCUUGGAUUUGCUAUGAAAUUUGAGACUGGUAUGGAACCUAAUCCAUCAUUGCAAAUGAAUGCAUCAAGAAGGCAUUUUGGCACACACUGUCAUUUUUGAGGGUUACGUGUAGUUCAGCGCAACAAAAAGAAUGCACAAAGGCAGAAGUUGAACGUGCUUUUCCAUUUGGAAGGUUAAGAGUGAUUCAGAAUAAUAAAUAGUGUGCAUAAAGAAGCUUUUGGGUGUGCUUUGUUUUUUUGAGGGUUCUUCGCCCCUCUUAGGAUAUUAUGCUUCAGCUGAAAAAGGGCACAAAGAUGCCGUUUGGUUGUGCUUUGUCAUUUUGGAAAAUUAGGUGUAAUUCAAUACAGCGAAAGGAAUGCAUAAAAAAGCCAUUUGGGUUUGCUAUGCCAUCUCGGAGAGUUGGCAUGUUGUAACAUACCAAAAAUAAUGCAUUAAGAAGCCAUUUGUGGGUUCUUCAAGAGUUAAGCUACAUCAUUUCUAUAGAAAGCUCUAACAACAGGCCUAUUAUCUGCAUGGAAAGCGAGGCAGGUAAUGUUGACAAUGUUUACUGCACAUUAUACAAAAGAAAUGAGUUUGUGUUCAGAUUUGGCAUUAGGUAACAAGGCCUAUUAUCUGCAUGGAAAGUGAGGCAGGUAUUGGUGACAAUGUUUAGUGCACAUUAUACAAUAAAAUGAGUUUGUUUUCUGUGUUGGCAUUUUGGUAACUUAUUCUUUUAGAAAGCCUUAGGGGCAGAUUUGUUAUGUGCAAUGAAAGCCAAGCAGGAAAUAGUGCCCAUGUCAUUUGCACAUUAUACAACAGCUUGAGUUUGUUUUCUUCUUGAUCAGACCAGCGUGAGUUUGCUUUCUUCUUGGUCAGAUUCCAGCGUGAGUUUGCUUUUUUCUUGAUUCAUUUAUUGUGUCAAUUCAAGGGUUGUUAACUUCUCAAGGCCCUGGGCAGAAGUUGAAGACAAAAUGAGUCAAGUUUGGCAGUUGAGUUUCAGUCUAACUACUGUGACAGACUUCUUUGUAAAUUUUGGAAAAUUAUGGGCAAUGUUUCCCUUGAAAUGUUUUGAAGAUAAUACUUACAGUCUGUAAAACUAUGCAGUUAAUCAAAUGUAGUUUACCUUUUUGACAAUAAAAAAUCAGCAUUCAUUCUAUUCAUACAGA